UUUCUCUCUCUCUCUCUCUCUCCUUUUUUUUUUUAUAUAAAAUUCUUGUAAAUUAUGACCUUGUAUACGACAAGGGUAGAAGGACCGAACCCAUUAGCAUUAUCAGAUCCAGCCUCAGUACCUGAAUCAGCCUUGUUUUCGUUUCACCCGCUCGUGUUCUUGUACUUUAUGCUGUCUUUUUAUAUGGUGCCUUAUCCAAUGUACCGAUGGAUUGCCAAAAGGUAUGGAUGGGAGACCAAGAUCAAGACAAUGGCGAGGCAUUGGAGUGAUACGAUGCUUGCCUUUAGUUAUGGUGUCAUUUUAUUUAUAUUUGGAAAUUAUACCAAAGCGUAUAGCUGGAUUACGGUAGUGACUUUUUACCCGUGUUUAUUUGGGUACGCUUUAAUUGCUGAACAACCUUAUGCUAAGACCUCUUUGCCCAAUAUCAAGAGUUGGCCCAAAGGCAUGUGGAUCCUCUUUCUUGUGGCCGUCGGGUAAAAAAAAAAAAAAAAAAAGUCAUUUCUAAUUGAAUAGUUUCUGUUUUUAAUUAAAAUUGAUUUUUUUUUUUUUUUUUUUUUUUUACUCCCUACCAAUAACUAGGAUCAUUCUAGUUUUUGCUGGAAUUCAUAUUUACUUGGCGACACUUUUGGAAUUACCGUUUGUGAUUUAUUAUGUCUGCGCCUUGUUGAUCCCUGCCUUUUUUUUAACAGCUUCGGUCCUAUUGAUCAAGGAAGUCA